ACGGCCGUUGUGGUCGGGCAAGCUGCGAAACGACGGAUUGAUUCCCAUCCACACCACACCCUGUAUCAAGCCAAACGCGUUUUGGGGCGGCCCUCGGACGACCCCGCCAUGACGGAAUUGCGGGAGGAGGUCGAAUUCGCCGUGACGGCCGACCCCGAGCACGGCGUCGUCUUUGGUGUGCCCGAGACGUCGCGGCCAAUUUCACCACAGCAGGUGGGAUCGUACGUCGUCAGUCAUCUCAUGAGAAUCACCGAAACCUUUUUGGGACACGACAACAUCAAAUCGGCCGUUAUUUGCGUCCCCGCCAAAUUCAAUGCCGCGCAAAAACUCGCCACGUACCAAGCUUUCCGACAAGCCGGUGUUACCGUCGCGCGUGUCGUAGAAGAGCCCACAGCAGCCGCUUUGGCUUACGGGUUGAAUCGGAAAGAAGGUGUGGAUCACAUCCUCGUGUACGAUUUUGGUGGAGGCACACUCGACGUUUCCUUGCUGCACGUGAGCGACGGGUUCGUCGACGUCAUGGGCAGCGACGGAGACGAUCGACUGGGUGGUGCGGAUUUUGACGCGGCCAUUGCUCACUUUUUGCUCGAGCAUCGCCAUGGACAGGCCGUAGUUUCUCGAGUCUCACAAGCGUUACAGUCACUGGUCCAAGCUCUGCCCAGCAAUGUGGAUCUAGAAGACCAGCUUUCGGCAUCGUAUGUGUCUCUCGAAGGUUUUUGCACCGACCUGACCACUUUCCGGCUGUCGCUAACCUCUCGCGAGUACGAACAGAGUGUGCAAGCGCUGUACGCACGCUCCAUUUCGCCCGUGACACGCCUACUGAACGACUUGAAUUUGCGUCACGAUGAUGUUGACGAGGUUGUCAUGGUGGGCGGGACAACCCGCAUCCCACAAAUACGAAAACUCGUUCAACAGGCACUGCCAUCAGCAUCUGUGAAUACACAUAUUGAUCCGGACAUCACCGUGGCUUACGGUGCCGCUUCCGUAAUAGACUGA